UGGUCUAUAAAAACGAAGUAUUUUACGCAUAUCAUAAUAAUGUAAUGACGAUGAACUUUUCCAAAAUCUUGUAUGUAUCUAUACUAUACGUAACAAUAUUGAAAUACUCAGAAUCACUGCAAUCAAAAGAAGUACCAUUUAAAUUUGAAAAUGGAAAAUCGGACAAGCAUAUACUUGAUCAUCUAUUGAAUUCUGACAUUUAUGAUAAGCGAUUAUUGCCUCCGUCUUAUGGUCCUUCAAUAGUCAAUGUUAGCGUAGUGCUAUUUACAUUGUCGUCCCCCGAUGAAUCAAGUUUGAAAUAUGACAUCGAGUUUUUGUUGCAACAAGAAUGGUAUGACUCAAGGCUGCAGUUUCCAAAUCAGACGGCUUUCAGCGUUUUGAACGGAAUCCACCAUCAGGGUGAUAUUUGGUUGCCGGACACGAACUUUCACAUGCACGGUGACUUUAAGCCAACCCAGAGACCCAUACGAUUCACUCUACACGUGCACGGCGAUGGUCGUGUAGAGUACACAACCAGACGUCAUCUGAUGUUGUGUUGUGAAGGGUCAAUGAAUAUAUUUCCAUUCGAUCAACCUUUAUGUACGUUUUCCAUGGAAAGCAUAUCAUAUGAGAAAUCUGAUUUAAAGUAUGUCUGGAAAAACGAUAAUUCUGUUUUGGUAAAGUCACCUAAUUUGAAAACUUUAAAUGCUUAUUUAGAGCGAAAUCGAACUUAUGAAUGUGCUUCUACUGGAAGUUGGAGAGGUAAUUACAGUUGUCUACAAGUGGAAAUGAUAUUUAGUAGAGAUAGAACGUUUUACUUCGCUACUAUUUUCAUACCUGGUUUAAUUUUAGUUACUUCGUCGUUUAUUACAUUUUUCCUGGAAUGGGAUGCAGUACCAGCAAGAACAAUUAUUGGCGUUACAACAAUGUUGAAUUACUUUACGACCUCCAACAGUUUCCGUCGAACCCUGCCCGACGUAGCUAAUUUGACUGCUAUGAAUGUUUGGGACGGAGUAUGCAUGUGCUUUGUGUUUGCUAGUUUCGUAGAAUUCGUAAUAGUAAAUUGUACAGGGAGGAGAAAAGUAAAAUCAAACAACAUUUCUAGCAACACGGGAAAUUGCUGUAUUUCUAAGAAAACUUCGAAAGAAACUAAGUGCUCAGAAUGCGCUCAAAAUAUAUGUUCACAUUCGCUCCUCAUAGAUGUUCUCCCGAAAACGAACGAAAAGAUCUCGAAAAAAACGAUUGACCCGGUCUAUUUGGCCAAAACAAUAGACAUGGUCGCCCGAUUCACGUUUCCGUCGGCAUUUGUCAUGUUCUUGGCGUUCUUCUUUUUCUACUACUCGGUGAAUGCCCACAAUCGUGGUAUAUCCGUUGGCACUGAUUAAAUCAGUUCUUUACCAUCCCAAUGAUCUAAAACGUGUAGUGAAGGGCAAUCAAAGCAACUCACUAUUAUUAAUAAAUCCUUAUUCCAUCCUCUUAGGUCGGUCUGAUAAAAAUUAUAUCCAAAACGAGGGAUUCAGUUUCAUGGCCUAUCUUGUGUAAUUAAUAUGAAUAAAAUAUAUAAAAUAUCUUAACGCAUUUGUCCUAUCAAAAUAUUAUAAUUCAAUUUAAAUUAAUAUUUUUGAAAAGAGAUCUCGGAAAACCAUAACCAUCAAGUCUGAGAGUUACGAUUGUUGUAAUUUUUUUUAUUUAUCUGGUUUACCUAAAUUUUAAAUUAAAACUUAUAUUUUCAAGAUAGCCAAUUCAUUAACCUAAGAAGUGUAAAUAUUAUAGCACUUGAAUUGUUUAUUUCUAUUAAAUAGUAUUCAAAUAGUCGUAUAAGUUUUAAAAUUUAAAAAU